AUGCUGCGCUUGGCAGUGGUGCUUCUCGGCAUGAUGGUGGGCUGGGGCUCAGAACUUUGUCUCAAUGACGGCGUGCCAGAAAGCCAGCGAGAGUACAUCCAGGAUGAUGCCGGCAACAACAUUCACAUCGGAGUGUUCGAAAUGGCUUGGGCAUCGUCCGCUCUUCUCAGCCAGAUGACAGCGCUGAUGAUCCGCGAGGUGCUUGGUUUCCAUGCUGAGGUCGAUCCUACAGUGGGUGGGAAUGGAGCUUCUCCAGUCUUCGCUUUGGCAGGAUGUACCGACUUCAACGACAAAGACAACAGGGUCUGCGGCGUCCAAGAAACGACGAUCCAUGUGAGCGUGGACUCUUGGAUUGGAAGCUAUGCUUCCACUCAGAAUCAGUUCGCCAAGGAGUAUCCAAGACUUGCGGCGGAGGAUUUAGGAAGCAUGGGGUAUGCAGGAGAAGAAUCCAUGUAUGUAAGCCGAGCGAUUCUCCAAGCUGCCUACAGCGAAUCGGGUCUCGCCCUGGAUUUCUACAAGAGCUACUGA